AUGGGAACGACAGAAGCCACUCUCCGCAUGGAAAACUUGGAGGUGAAGGAUGAGUGGCAGGAUGAAGAUUUCCCACGGCCUCUGCCGGAGGAUGGAGAGCUCGAUGGCCUGACUGAUAAUCACACAUCUCCCCCUACCUGUCUGCACGGAGGUCAUGGAGGCUCAGGAGCUCAGAGUAAGCGCAGGACACUCAUUGCUCCAGAUAUAAAUCUGUCCUUGGACCGGAGCGAAGGGUCCCUCCUGUCUGACGACAUCCUGGACACUCCAGAUGAUCUGGACAUUAAUGUAGAAGACAUGGACACACCAGAUGAAACAGACUCUUUAGAGUUCAUCACUAGCGGCAAUGAGUUGGAGUGGGAAGAUGAUGCCCUUGUGGCGCGAGCUAAAGUGGGUCCGGGUGACGGCACGAGUCAGGGGGGUGAGGAGGGAGAUGGAACUGCUCGCCUUUGGCGGACUGUAAUCAUUGGAGACCAGGAGCACCGGAUAGACAUGCAGGUCAUCAGACCAUACCUGCGUGUGGUCACUCAUGGAGGUUAUUAUGGAGAAGGUCUGAAUGCCAUCAUUGUGUUUGCAGCCUGCUACCUCCCAGACAGCGGCUGUGCAGACUACCAUUACAUCAUGGAGAAUCUCUUCCUGUAUGUGAUCAGCAGUUUGGAGUUACUCGUAGCUGAGGACUAUAUGAUCAUAUACCUGAAUGGAGCAACUCCACGCAGGAGGAUGCCUGGCAUCAGUUGGCUCAAGAGAUGCUACCAGAUGAUUGAUAGAAGGUUAAGGAAGAAUCUCAAAUGUCUGAUUAUUGUCCACCCAUCCUGGUUUAUUCGCACGGUUCUGGCCAUCUCACGCCCUUUCAUUAGUGUGAAGUUCCUGGAUAAGGUUCGUCAUGUGCAGAGUCUGGAGGAGUUGGCUCAAAUCGUCCCUAUGGAGCAUGUGCAGAUCCCAGAGUGUGUCUUGCAGUAUGAUGAGGAGCGUCCCAAGGCCCAGACGGAAAGGCUUAUGGAAGACCAGAGACAGAGUGACAAAUCAGUCCCAGAAAGGCCCACAUCGGUGGCUGCAGAGGCUUGUCCAUGA